AUGUCUACCAUCACUUCAUCUUUCAUCGAAGGAAUGAAGGGCCGCCGGUCUCUCUAUGCCCUCACCAACAAAUCGACAAUUUCAGAUGACCGCAUCGAAGAAAUUAUUUCCGAGGUUGUCAAGCAUACUCCCAGUCCUUUCAACAGCCAGACUGCUCGUCUGCUGGUUCUUCUCAAAGAGGAGCAUGAGAAAUUGUGGGAUAUCGCACUCGAGAUUGCUACUGCUACUGUUCCUGCUGAACAACUUGAAAAAUUAUAUAAGCCUCGCAUUGCUGGUUUCCGUGCGGGUUAUGGAACAGUAUUGUUCUACGAGGACCCAGCUCCUCUGAAGCCUCUUGAAGAAAAAUGGCCGAUGCUGAUUGACAAGUUCCCCGAGUGGUCCAACCAUUCGAGUGGCAUGCAUCAGUUUGCUCUUUGGACACUCCUAGAAGCCGAGGGACUCGGUUGUAACCUGCAGCAUUAUAGCCCAAUGGUCGACGCACGAGUCUCCGAGCAAUGGAAUAUUCCCCUUGAUUGGAGUUUGAAAUCCCAACUGGUGUUUGGCAAGCCGAUUGGGGGCCCGCGUGAGAAGACAUUCGAGCCACUCGAGAAGCGGGUUUUCAUACACGGCAAAUAG